CUGCAGUAACGACAAGCCCACCUGCCAACCUAGAGACUAAGGGCAAUCAUUCAGAUAUGGCGCUACACACUCAUCUUAUCUUGCCUGUCUUACUCCUCGGUUUGUCCCUGUCCGCUCCAUACGUUGCCGGCCAGACCGCGACAAGCACAACUGCUACGGCGAGCCGUACUUAUGACCCGGGCAAUGUCCAAGGACUUCGAGCCUGCUUUGGCGCAGGCUCCAUUUGCAAGGUCAAACUCGAUCUCCACGACCAAUGCGAGGAGCAACAGGAAGCUCAAGGGGACGAUGGAUACUAUGAAUGCGUUUGCGGUUCGGGUUAUGCUGCCGUCGACGAGGCUUGCGACAACUGUCGCUUAGUCUACGGCAUGAUCACGUCUAGGCUUUGGAACUACACGGCCACAUGCUCCAGCGAGGGCUACACGGUCGCGCCCAUUCCCAGCAGUGUUCUCGCCCAGCAGUCCUCGCACAACGCCACCUUUGCUUUGGGUACAGGCGCAACGGCCGUGGAGCCGCUCACAGAUCCAGUGACCAUCCAGGGGUCGCCCACCGAGCCGCUGCCAACUGUCGCCACCACCUUCAGCCUGCCGCUGCAAACUGGAGCAGCAGCACGUCGGCUGCCGCAGUCUUGGAUUCUCGCAGGUUUGGCAAUGGCGCAUGUACUGCUAGGUAUACGGCAAUAGGGAAGAAUCGAAGCUCAGGAUACCAUGCUAUCUAUAGCUAGGGUGCCUUACGUGCCUCAUCUUUGGAUACUGUAACACACCGCGAAGAGUCCGUGUGUUGGGGCCCGGAGAUACAUUGUAGGUCAAGCUCUUAACUUCAACGGCGUCUUUCCCUUCCAUAUUCAUGUUGAUAGGCUGAUAGCGGCAUUGGGCGGGCUGUGAUGUCUUACUGUAAUGUACCUUACCAUGACUCAGACAAUAUUAACCUGGCCGCACCAAACCUUGAAUAAAGGGGACAAGGGCAGGGGAAAUAACACUGUCCCGCACCAGCUUCAAACAGGUCUUGCGCUCCGAUACCACGUAUACGAGAAUGG